AUGGCGUCCGCGCGCGCGCCCGUCGCGCUCGGCCGCAGCUCCGCGAGGCGCUCGGUCAUCCCCGCGUCGUCGCCGUCGUCCGUCGCCGUCGUCGAGGGCGACGGCGAGGUCCGCGAGAAGAAAUGGAGCGAGAUGGACAUCCACGAGCUCCUCGACCAAGGUCUCGGCUCCAUCAUGCUCCUCGGCGCCACCGCGCUGUCGCUCUUCCUCGCGAACUCCGCGAUGAGCGGCGGCUUCAUCGGGUUUUGGGAGCACUUCCACAUCGGCCCCGCCUCGCUCGGCCUCCACCUCAACGCGCACGAGUGGGUCAACGAGGGUCUCAUGGCCAUCUUCUUCUUCAUGGUCGGCCUCGAGAUCAAACGCGAGUUCGUCUUCGGCUCUCUCUCCAACGUCAAAGCCGCGCUCCUUCCGUGCUUCGGCGCGCUCGGCGGCAUGGUGGCGCCCAUGGGCAUCUACCUCGCGCUCAACUCCGUGACGGGCGGCAUCCCCGCGGGCUGGGCCAUCCCCAUGGCCACCGACAUCGCGUUCGCGAUGGGCGUGUACAACUUUUUCAAGAACCGCAUGCCCCCCGCCGUCGCCACCUUCCUCCUCACGCUCGCCACCGUGGACGACCUCGGCGCGAUCGCGGUCAUCGCGGUAUGCUUCGCGAAGGGCAUCGUCCCCGCGUACCUCGCCGCCUCCGCCGGCAUCUGCGCGGUGCUCGCGAUCUGCUGCAAGAAGAAGGUGUCCAACAUGAUCGUCUACUCCGCGCUCGGCGUCGCGCUCUGGUUCGCGCUUCUCAAGGGGGGCAUCAACGCGGACAUCGCCGGCGUCGUCGCCGCGCUCGCCAUCCCCGCGGACGCGGACGCCCCCGCGGGAUCCCACGCGCACGCGUUCGAGGACGGCAUGAAGGUGACGCUCAUCGACGACCUCAUCCACUUCCUUCACCCGAUAUCGUCGAUGCUCAUCAUGCCGCUGUUCGCGUUGGCGAAUUGCGCCGUCGUGGUGCAGGCGUCGGCCAUGGCGGGCGUCUUCACCGCGCCCGUGGGCCAGGGCAUCAUGGCGGGUCUCCUCGUGGGCAAGCCGCUCGGCAUCGCCGCGAUCUGCAUGGCGGCGAUCAAGAUGAACCUGUGCUCGUUCCCGCCCGGGAUGAACCUCAAGCACAUGCUCACCGUCGGCAUGCUCGCGGGGAUCGGCUUCACGAUGUCGCUGUUCCUGAUCGAGCAGGCGCUCGUCGGGAUGCCGGUGGCGAGCGUGACCGCGAAGCUCGCGAUUCUGGUCUCCUCGGGGAUCGCCGCGACGGUCGGCGGAUUCGCGAUGACGCGAUUCCCCGUGUACUUCUGUGAGAUUGUGUGCGACGACGACGGGUGCGCGCCGGAGCUGUUCGAGGAGGCGAAGUUCAAGAGCGAAAACGAUUGCGACGAGGACGGGUGCGUCCCGAAGUUUGACGAACCCGUCAGCGCGGUGACGGGCGAGGCGAAGAAGGAGCAGUGA